AUGGCCAGCUUUGGGCUAGGCCUCCUGGUGCUGCUGCUGACCACCCACCCUGAGCCCUCGAAGGCUCAGCACUGCUCCCACAGCUGGCACCCUGAAGGAAAGCAAGCCUCCAGCUCACUCCAUGACCCCCAACAUACUCCUGGGCCCCCAGACCAAAUUGUCCCCAACCUCCCAAGCGAUGUUCUGGCUCCCCCUGAGGACAGUGUGCCCUGGGAGAGUAGGACCAUGGCCCGGUGGCUCCUCCACAGGAAGCAGCACCUGGUGCAGACACUGCUGUACGGCCCCAAUAACCAGGUGGUCAUUGAUACGUGCACUGGGAAUGACUCAGUGAUUGCAGAGCUCCCCAAGGCCAAUAGCGGAAGACAGGUGUAG